AUUCAAGUUUUCUUUAUAGCACUACGCCCCGUGCUACUUAUAAAUAGUUGCUAUCCUUGCAUCCAUCAACAGCAAAGAAUCUACAUACAAGCUCUAGAUGCCCUAAAUCGGAGAGGCUCAAGGCCGCCGUUCAGUUGCCGCUCCUCGCCGACCGACAACACCCGGCGCUCUCGCUGGCCGCUCGGUGAAGAAACCUCGCUGCAUGUGCGCCUGCUGCUCCCCCCUACGCGCGUCCUUCAACGCUGCACUUUCUUCGCCAGAGCGUUCCCCCACCACGGGGUCGCGCCCGUAAAGUGUUCGACGGAAUGCCGUUGCAGCCCUAGCGCGGCGGUGCUCAUCUGCCAAAUGCAGGGGAUCCUUGGGGUCCACUUGAGAGCAUCAUGCACGCCGUUGCGCGCGCUUUUCGCGUGGCAACCCCUCGCACUGGCCGAGUUGCCGCACCCUCUAGUCGGUGCAGGGGCGAGAUGGCUGCACGGCGGAGGGGAGCCGGACGAGGACGAGCCUUUCCCGUAUGCCGACGUGCCUAGGCCCGGGAGGAAGUGGGAGCGGAAGCCGUACGUGACGCCGAUGAAGGUCCUCAUCCGGAGGGCCAAGGAGGAGCGGCUCAUCCGGCAGGAGCACCCGUGCCGCGUGCUGGAGCACCCUCCUGACAACGGCCUCCUCGUGCCGCACUACGUCGAGGUCGCGCACCGCGUGUACCACGCAAGGGAGAGGCUCCUCCACGGCCUGACCAGGCUCGUCGAAGGCAAGGCCGCCAUCCCGGUGAAGCGAUGCAGGUUUUGUGCCGAGGUGCAUGUCGGCCGUGCUGGGCACGUGAUCAGGACAUGCGAGGGGCGUAACAGCGGCGCAAGGAACUCCCUGCACGUGUGGCGGCCGGGGACCGUGAGGGACGUCGUCGGCUUCCCCUACUGCUACCACCUGUUCGACCGCGUCUGCAAGCCCAGAGUGGUGCACAAGGAGAAGUACGACGUGCCGAGGCUCCCGGCGAUCCUGGAGCUCUGCAUCCAGGCAGGCGUCGAUGUUGAACGCUACCCGACCAAGCGGCGAACCCGGCCGGUCUACUCCAUCGAAGGCAGGAUUGCAGACUUCGAGCAGGAAGAAGGAGAGGACUCAGAAGCAGGGACGCUACCUGAACCAGCGUGCACACCAUUGUUGUCUCCAGUGCCGCCAUCAAUCGAUUCAACUUGUGCCGAUGGCACCAACGGAGAAGAGAAUGAGGAGGAGAUCACGGUGCCCGAGCUGGCCUCCAGGACGCUGCAGUCCUGGCUUGACAUGCGGUCCGGCGCAGCGAGGCUGAUGAAGAAGUACAGCGUGCACACCUGCGGGUACUGCCCGGAGGUGCAGGUCGGGCCCAAGGGGCACAAGGUGCGGAUGUGCAAGGCCACCAAGCACCAACAGCGUGACGGGCAGCACGCGUGGCAGGAGGCCACGGUGGACGACCUGGUCCGGCCCAACUACGUGUGGCACGUCAAGGACCCCGGUGACGGCGCGGCGCUGGCGAACGAGCUGAAGCGGUACUACGGCAAGGCCCCCGCGGUGGUGGCGCUCUGCGUGCAGGCCGGUGCGCCCGUGCCCGCGGCGUACAGGAGCAUGAUGCGCCUCGACGUCGUGCCGCCCGCGCGCGACGAGUACGACCUCGUCGCCUGAGGCUGUGGCGCCUUGCGGCCUUGUGGGGCAUGCAGCAGCGGCUUCGGCUGCGGAUCUCUCGUCCGUGGUCAUGAAAUGUCCUUGGGCAUAAAUUCUGGAGCUGAGAUUUCAGGCCGGCCUGUUCCGUGGUUGUUGUAUUGUGGGUCGGACUAACAGUUCGUGUAUGGUGUGUUCCGGAUGGAAAUUAUCAGGAUGCAGAGAUCAUUUCUUA